GGUAUAACUUAUUCAGAACCAAUCUUUCCUCUUGAGGAAUCUAAGGGUGAGACUCCUCCGUACAGAUUUCCAGGAAUAACAGCUGAUGACAAGAUGGUAGACUCUAUGCCGAAUGGGGAUAAAGAUCUCAAUAGUGUCAUCGAGCACUCCCUUACGCAAUUUGCAAGCAACCCUUGCCUUGGUACCAGAGAGAUGCAAAUGGAAGAGACUACUGAUGAAGAAGGCAACGUCAAGCAAGUUCCAAAGUACGGCAAGUAUAAGUGGAAAACUUACGAAGAAGUCUACACAAUGGCUAAAUACCUUGCCAGAUCAUUUGUUAACCAUGACUUAUGCCCCGAGGUCAACGGAGGAGGAGAGAAAAUGAGAAUGAUUGGUCUUUACUCAAAGAAUAGAGAGGAAUGGUGAAUCACUGAUAUCGCAUGUGUUAUUAGUAGUGUUGUAACAAUCCCCUUAUAUGAUACACUUGGGGAUAAUUCUGUUAGUUUUAUUGUCAAUCAGACAGAGAUGACUACUAUCGUUAUGGGAAAGGAUAAAAUAGAUCACAUUAUCAAACUCAAAACAAGUGGAAAGAUAGACUCUGUUCAAAACAUUGUGCUCAUGGAUCCUACUAGUGAGAAUGAAAAAGAGAAGCUUAGACAGGCAGAUCUUAAAGUGCUUGACUAUACUUUCCUUCUUGAAGAUGGAGAGAAGAAUAGAGUAAAGCUUGCAAAGCCAACCCAUAAAACUAUUUUCACUAUCUGAUACACUUCUGGAACAACUGGAGACCCAAAAGGAGUUAUCUCUAAUCAUCAUAACUAUGCUGCUGUUAUGGGAGGUCUUCUUAAAACUGGUUUUGAUAUCAAAGAGAAUGAUACACAUUAUAGUUAUCUCCCAUUAGCACAUGUCUUCGAAAGGGCUGCUCAUUGGGGACUUUUGUCCCAAGGAGGAAAGAUUGGGUAUUAUGUUGGAGAUGUCACUAAAAUUAAAGAAGAUUGAGGGGUCUUAAAACCAACUAUAUUCUGCUCAGUGCCAAGACUACUAAACAGAUUCUACGACCUCAUGCAAGACGGAAUCAAUAAGCUCACUGGAUUCAAGAGAAAGCUUCUCAAUAGAGGGGUAAAAAUCAAGAUGAACAAUUUAAUGAAAAACGGGUCUGUUAAAGAUUCUAUUUAUGAUGCACUUGUUUUCAACAAAUUCAAGAAAAUUCUUGGUAGUAAAGUUAGAAUCAUCAUAACAGGUUCUGCUCCUAUCGGAGGGGAGGUUCUCAGCUUCCUCAAAAUUGCUUUUAGUUGUAGAGUGUUUGAAGCUUAUGGACAGACCGAGACAACUGCAGGAUUAACUAUUACAAAUUACAAAGAUGGCACAUCUGGCCACGUGGGAGGAGUUUUCCCGCACAAUGAAAUCAAACUUGUUGAUGUUCCAGAAAUGGACUAUACAAGUCAAGACAUUAUUGAAGGAGAAAAACAACCAAGAGGAGAGAUAUGAUGUAGAGGCUUCAAUACAUUUAUUGGAUACUUUAAAGCUCCAGAUAAAACUGCAGAGACUAAAGAUGAAGAUGGAUGGGUCCAUACAGGAGAUAUAGGACAGAUUCUACCAAAUGGAGCAUUGAGAAUCAUCGAUAGAAAGAAGAACAUUUUUAAACUGGCCCAGGGAGAGUAUAUUGCAGCUGAAAAGUUAGAGAUCGCAUUCUCAAAACUAGAAAUAGUUCAACAAAUCUUUAUUUAUGGGGACUCUUUGCAAUCUUAUCUGGUUGCUGUUAUUGUUCCAGAAAAAUCUGCUGUUGAAAAGUGGGCUGCUGAAACAGGUAAAGACAUCAAAGGAUUCUCUGAUGAAGAAUAUCAGCAAUUUAUCAAUGGAGAAGAAUUCAAGAAUUACUUCGACACGUUAAUCAAAGAGACCAGGAAAAAUGAAAAGUUGAGCGGGUUGGAGGUCCCUAAAGCAAUAUUUUGUACUUCAGAAGAGUUCUCAGUGGAAAACGACUUGCUAACUCCAACAUUCAAGCUCAAGAGGAAUGAAGCUAAGAAGAAGUACCUUAAUGAGAUCAAGGCAAUGUAUAAGGGAGAGAAGCUACAGGGAGAAUAAUCCAUAUUUUUACAAACCUUUGAAAUACCCAAAGAUUACUAUAU